GUGAACCUCUAGUUUUAAGUCGAAGCAUUGUCCAUUUUGUGUUGCCACUUUCCUCUCUUCUUGUACACUCUUGUUUCUUCUGGAUUGCAGAAAGGAAGAUGGAAGCUGUGUCUGCUUUUUCUGUUGGCACACUUCACAUCCCGACAGCACAUGAAACACCAAACUCAUUUAGGAAAUCUAUAUUCUUGAGCAACCAAGUGGCUUCACCAGUUUCAUUGGUUCUCAGGGGCGCUUCAAAAUCCAAGCUUUUCACUGCCUUGUCACCCCCUCCAUUGACAGAAUCCAGCAACAACCAACCUGAGGAGGCUGAGCCAGAAUUUGAAAGUCAUGCAGAGAAAUUUGACUGGUACUCUCACUGGUACCCUUUGAUGCCAAUUUGUGACCUUGACAAGAGGAAGCCUCAUGGGAAGAGGGUGUUGGGAAUUGAUGUGGUUGUGUGGUGGGAUAGGAAUGAGGGUGUUUGGCAGGUUCAUGAUGAUGCUUGUCCUCAUAGAUUAGCACCCUUGUCUGAUGGAAGGAUUGAUCAAUGGGGCAGGUUGCAGUGUGUGUACCAUGGUUGGUGUUUCAAUGGCAAAGGAGAAUGCAAGCUCAUUCCCCAGGCACCCCCUGAUGGCCCUCCGGUACAUACGUCCAAAAAAGCAUGUGUAGCUGCUUACCCAAGUACUGUACAGAAUGAUAUCUUGUGGUUCUGGCCCAAUACUGAUCCUCAAUACAAAGAUAUUAUUACAAGAAAAAGACCCCCAUACAUAACAGAAUUAGAUGAUCCAUCGUAUACUAAAUUAAUGGGAAACAGAGACAUUUCUUAUGGGUAUGAAGUACUGAUAGAAAAUCUUAUGGACCCUGCACAUGUUCCAUAUGCACACUAUGGACUAAUGCGUACUCCGAAACCAAAAGUGAAAGUUGAUAGAGAAGGGGGCAGGCCACUUGAAUUGUCUAUUGAAACGUUAGAUAUCAAUGGUUUUACUGCAAAUCAGGGUUGGAGUAAAAGUAAAUUUAUGCCACCAUGCAUUUUUUAUGUAUAUACUGAUUCAGAUCAACCUGCCUCAUCUGCUGAAACUCAGAAAUCAUCAGCUCAGAAGAAGUUUGCUUUAAUCUUUGUUUGUGUUCCGGUUAGUCCUGGUAAAAGCAGAUUGAUAUGGUGCUUCCCAAGAAACUUUGGAGUGUGGAUUGACAAAAUUGUGCCACGAUGGAUAUUUCAUGUUGGACAAAACCGGAUUCUAGAUUCAGAUUUAUAUCUUCUCCAUGUUGAGGAACAAAAAAUAGUUGAUAUUGGUCCAAAGAAUUGGCACAAAGCCUGUUUUGUGCCAACAAAGUCAGAUGCCCUUGUUAUUGGUUAUAGAAAUUGGUUAAAGAAGUAUGCAGGUGGUCAGGUUGAUUGGAGAGGAAAAUAUAGUGGGGCUCUCCCUCCAACACCUCCAAGAGAACAGCUUAUGGACAGGUACUGGUCCCAUGUGGUGAAUUGCAAGAGUUGCAAUUCUGCUUAUAAGAGCCUCAAUGUGAUUGAAGUAAUGUUGCAGAUCAUAUCUGUUGCUUCAAUUGGGAUUGUUGCCAUCAUGAAGCAUGGUACAAUGUCAGUGGCAAAAAGAAAUUCAAUGGUUGCGUUAGCAGUGCUAUCAUUAGCACUGUCUCGGUGGUUGGCUCACUUCAUAUACAAAAACUUCCGUUAUCAUGACUACGAGCAUGCCUUCCGCUAAAAUGUGGUUUCCAUAGUUCAAGUCCAAAUAUAUGUAUAGACUAUACUGAAACUCCACUAGAAUAAAGUCACUUGCACUUUAUUUUACUUUAAUUUUAGAAGUUAAUUUAAAAUGGUCUUUUACCUCCAUGGAAAUAAUCUAUCAGAAUCUCUCCAUACAAAGAGUUAAGUGAGAAAGGGAAUCUAUCUAUUGUGAUUUUGUGAUUA